AUGCCCGGGCAGCCCAGUUCAUCUCCAUCUUAUCGUUUGAUACUCGGGCAUCCCGCAUCCGCAUUCUACAGCCCAAGUCCAGCUGCAAACGCCUCUCAACACGUGUUGCAAUUCUUUCUGCCUCUGUCAUACCUUCCACCCGGGCACUUCAAUACCUUACGCAAUUGGCACACCAUGUCGCGGCCAUGGAGGCCCAACAGACCCCAUGUUGCGAAACGCAAUCGUGUCGUGCCAGUACCUGACGACAGUGUACGUUCCCAGGACGCCUCCCGAGACACCCGUCAUUCACACAACCACCGCUGCGCCUCGGAGAUGGAUCCCCGGACCCCGGACCAGUUCCGCUACUUGAACCAGCCGACGCAAUUUGAUGAUCGACUGGGAGACGCCUACGCCAUUGAACAAGACCCCGAAUACCAACAAAUCAUUGCCGGUUUAUCGAGACACACCGCCCCACACAUGACUGAGAGACAUGCUAGUCCUCCAUACCAAAACGCAAACACUCCUGGCUCCUUUCAAUCGCAACACCACCCGGCCCACAACAUCUCGCAGCCUCGCCACCACCUAUCGCAACGACAACCAUUGGCUUCAUAUUCAGUCUCUCCCGUCCUCGAGCCUUCCGCCCGCAGUUGGUCGCAUGCGAACUACAGCCCGCCCCCCGGGUCAACUACCCACACGCAACCGUAUCACACGUCGUUUGCAACUACAACAGCUACCCAACCGGACAUUACACACCUUCAGCCCCUUCCAACUCCCAGUACUACGCGAGAGCAGGUUCCCUCUCAACGGCAGGGUACUGCGCCUGUUGUUCGCGGUAUACGCCUCGUCAACUUACGAGAGGCCUUGCCAGACAAGUUCCGCGCCCUGUUCCCCUUUGAAUUUUUCAACGCAGUACAGUCCAAGUGCUUCGAGGCAGUGUACAAGACCAACAACAAUGUGGUGGUCUCGGCACCCACCGGUAGUGGAAAGACUGCCAUCCUCGAGUUGGCAAUUUGCAAACUUGCUCUCGAUCGCGGCCACGAAAACUUCAAGAUUGUGUACCAAGCACCCACCAAGGCCUUGUGUGCCGAAAAGGCUCGCGAUUGGGAAAAGAAGUUUGGCCACAUGAAGCUCAAGUGCGCUGAGCUCACCGGGGACACUUCCCAAGCCGAGAUGCGGCGCGUUGGCGAUGCUUCGAUCAUUGUUACCACCCCAGAGAAGUGGGAUUCGAUUACACGAAAAUGGCAAGACCAUCGCAGGCUUCUGCAGCUGGUCGAGCUAUUCCUCAUCGACGAGGUUCAUAUUCUCAAGGAUGUCCGUGGCGCCACGUUGGAAGCAGUCGUUUCCCGCAUGAAGACCAUUGGAACCAAUGUUCGAUUUAUCGCUCUGAGCGCCACCGUUCCCAACUCGGAUGAUAUUGCCCAAUGGCUUGGCCGGGACCAUACCAACCAGCACCUGCCGGCACUGCGAGAGACAUUUGGUGAAGAGUUCAGGCCUGUCAAACUGCAAAAGUUCGUUUAUGGAUACGAGUGCAACGGCAACGAGUUCAUCCUUGAUAAGCUGCUUGACUCCAAACUCCCCAACCUAAUUGCCAGGCACUCUCAACAGAAGCCCAUACUGGUGUUUUGCUUCACACGGAAAUCCUGCGAGUCAACGGCCAGUCUGCUGGCCGAAUAUGCUGCUGCCAGGCCAAAUGCGAAGCUGUGGCCUGCCCCCAAAGGCCGGAUCCCCGUCAUCAGCCGAGAGCUGCAGGAGCUUGUCAAAUUGGGUGUAGCAUUCCACCAUGCUGGUCUCGACGUUCAAGAUCGAGGUGCUGUUGAGCAGUCAUUUCUUAAGGGAGAACUAGGUGUCAUAUGUUGCACGUCGACAUUGGCCGUUGGCAUUAACCUGCCAUGCCACACAGUUGUGUUGAAAGGAACAAUGGGCUACGCGGAUGACAAGCUUCAGGAGUGCUCUGAUCUCGAGGUGAUGCAAAUGCUAGGUCGAGCGGGACGCCCCCAAUUUGAUGACAGCGCCACUGCCAUCAUCCUGACCAAGGCCGGCAACAAGGCACGGUACGAAAAGAUGGUGUCCGGACAAGAAAUCCUCGAGAGCACGCUUCAUCUCAACCUGAUCGAACACCUCAACUCCGAGAUAGGCUUGGGCACCAUCCACGAUCUCGCGUCUGCAAAGAAGUGGCUUAGCGGCACGUUCUUGAGCGUACGGCUUCGACGCAACCCAAGCUUUUACCACUUGACUGGCAGUAAUUGCAAUCCCAGCCAGAUCGACGCCAAGCUGGAAGAGAUAUGCGAGCGCGACAUCAAGCAACUGCAAGAGGCCCAGUGUGUUACCGACAACGAGACAUUCAAAUCAACCUACUACGGCCGCGCCAUGUCCAAGUAUAUGGUUGAGUUUUCCACAAUGAAGAUGCUGUUGCAGAUUCCCAAGGCUGUCAAGAUGGGCGCACUGCUCACCAUCCUUUCACAAGCCAGCGAGUUCAAAGAGUUUCGUUUCAAGCCCGCCGAGAGGCCUUUGUUUCGCGAGAUGAACCAGUCCCCCCUCAUCGUCUAUCCAAUCAAGGAAGCGGUCACGCAAACAUGGCACAAGAUCUCCUUGAUGGUUCAGGCCCAUUUGGGAAGCGUUCAAUACCCCGACUCGGCCGAUGCAGCCAAGGCUCGACGUCAACUGGUCUUGGAGCGCAAAAUCGUGUUUGAGCGACUCAACCGCCUUGUCCACGCCGUGAUUGACUGCAAAGGAAACGACUAUGAUGCGAUUGGCAUGAAGAAUGCCCUCGAGCUUGCGAGAGCCCUCGCUGCAGAGUCAUGGGAAGGUCGGGUGACACAACUGACCCAGGUACCCAGCAUUGGGCCCGUUGGGAUGCGUAAGCUUGCCAGCAAAGGCAUCCGGACAGUGUUGGAACUCGCCGACAUGGACAGCGUCGACAUUGAGAGAUUGAUGGCUCGGCAGACCCCCUUCGGAAUGACUAUCAAGAGCUCUCUUGAAAAGUUUCCCCGGUUGAGCUUCGAUCUGGAGCUAGUCAGCCACAAGUCUCAACCUAGGCCAACAGGCGCCACCGUUGGGGUGGAAAUUAGGGCUAACCUACGGUAUUUGAAUCGACUCGGUCCACCUUAUUGGAAGAAGAAGAUACCUGACAUCAACUUCCUGGCCGAAACUAGCAGCGGGACUCUUUCGUUCUUUUGGCGAGGCAGCAUGAGGAAGCUGGAGGUCAGCAAAGAGACAGGGUACGAGUUGAAGUUCUGGGUUGGUCUCCAAAAUGUUGAUGACGACAUUGUGUGUCACUUUACUUGCGAGGAGAUUGUUGGGACGAUGAUAUCCAAGACACUGAAACACAACAUUCCUGCCUCAGCAUUUCCCAAGCAAGCCGCUUUCUCCACCGUGCCCUUGAGCUGGGCUCCGCCAGCGACAGCCAAGUUCACUCAACCACGGACGAUUGGUGGCAGCAAUGAUGCUGAUCAAAUGGACGAGCUGGACGAUGGUGGUAUUGACGAUUCUGACUUCAUUCUCGCCGCUGAGCAGGCGGCCGCUCGGUUAGCACUGUGUCACACGGCAAAAGCCAACCACCCACAACCACCACCAACAACACUGUCGAUACCACCGCAAGGAGGGGUAACUGCACGUUGUGAACCAGUCGUCAAAGUGAGGCGGACAAUCAGAAGGCAUGGCGGUUAUCAAAGGAAGGCCACUGGCCCUGUAUGA